UUAUAUCUUUAUUUUUCAGUUUAUUUUGUCCUAAUGCGACUUAAGGAUACUAUGCCACAAGGAGAAUUUUUCAUGGCAAUUAGAAAUAUUCCAGUAGCUCUAUCACUUUUUCUGCAAUAUUGUAGACAGCAGAACUCUGAGUUAAUGGAGCAGCUAUAUUACCAAGAAGAUAAUUUCCAGGAGGAGGCCAUGUGUCAGGUGCAGAAAAGUUUUAAACAAGAGAGAUUAGAAGACCGUAUCCAAGUGUUAAAUAAUGCCAAAGAAAGUUACAUGAAAGCUAGGAAUGAAUUUGCAGCAAAGCAAGUUGAAGACGAGAUAAAAUUACUCAAAUAUCAACGACGACUGGAGGAAGAGCUACGCAGACCAUACAUGGAUCUUUCUGUACAUCAGACGGUCCAUAAACUUAUAGUGGAUAAUAGUCAUAAGAUGGCAGACCAGAUUCGUAAAGAGUUCAAGAUUCCAGACAAAAGGUAUUGGUGGUUGAGAAUAGAUGCUCUUGCUGAGGCUGGAGAGUGGAUGGAACUAGACAAGUUUUCUAAGACAAAGAAACCUCAAUUAGGAAUGGAGGCUUUUGUGGAAGCAUGUUUAAAGCAUGGAAAUAAAAGGGAAGCAAUGAAAUACAUUCCAAGAGUACUACCAGAUAAGAAAGUUCAGUGUCUCAUUCAGAUGGGUGAUCUUAAACAAGCUGCAGAAGCUGCAUUUGAGAAUAGGAACGAGGAUGACUUGAACAAAGUAUUGAGGAAGUGUACUCUGGCUGACCGUGCAAUAGAGGACCAAAUUAAAGGCUACAAACAGCAACUAGCUGGUGGACGAAGAUAAUACUAUAGCUUUCAGUUUUAUUUGAAAAAAGUGCUUUUAGUCUCUGAGCUGUAGGAGUAACUUUACUAUGCUACCAGUAUUGAGACCCACUAAACAUCUUGUGAGACUUUGCUAUUAGUUAAUAUAAAUUUGAUUAAUUUUGAUACUUGAAUACCUUCAAGUAACUGUUAUCUGUAAUAACAGAAUAUUUAUUUUCAAUUGUUUGGUAAUAUGCCAGCCAAGGGUGCAUUGCUUUUGAAAGAACCUUUGGUUAUGUUGUGUUUUUCAAUAGUUAUUUGCUGUUUUUUUUGUGUUUUUUUUGAGAAUAUGCUUCAGAUAAAGAAAAUCUAAUAUCAGGCUUGGAACUUACAGCAAUAAGAGCCCAUAACAUUUCAGUAUAUCUAAACACAUGUGUGUUUAGUUUUCUAUUGUUGUAGUCCUGUUAUGCAGUGAAAGUGGUAAAUUUUGUGUCUGAGUAUGUUUUUCUGUUUCAGCAUUAAUGUGCUACAGUUAUAUUUUGAAAACCUGUAACAAACAAAUUUCAUUUUUGCUUAUUCAAUUGAGAGUUAUUUCAUGUGAUGGUAAUAUGUGAAAUUGAUAUAUGUAGAAAUGAAUGACUAUUAAUGUUAGAUAAUUUAUGUAUAAAAUUGUGCAAUAUAUAUUUGUUAUUUAUAUGAAUGUAUAAUAAAGUUAUAUUUAAAUAAA